AUGGAGCCGCCACCACCACUUUCCCUGUUCAGCGGAUCGACGCGUAAGCAGAAUGUCGCCUGCGAUGCUUGUCGCGCAAAGAAGAUUCGUUGCCAGCGUAUCAGCACCACCCAACGUUGCGGACAAUGUGCAGCCAAGGACCUGGAGUGCACCUCCAACUACAUCGAACAGCUGCAGAACAAGCCUCGGCGACCUCGGCGGUUUAGGAGUAACGAGGACCGUGAGAAGAGGUCGGACGAGGACCACACCUCCCCUCCUCGACGUGUGUCGUCCACAACGUCUGGUCUUGGUCUCGACCCAGAAUCUAUCAAUAGUUCGGCGGCGUCAACAUCGUCGGGUCCAACGACGACGACGACGACUAUGCGUGUCGGCGACGCCGUCGCCCUUCUGUGGAUUCCAGGAGUAAACGACGUCCCUCCCAAUGGCGUCAACGGCGUCAACGGUGCCAGUGGCGUCACCUCUGUUUCGUCGUUUACUCGGUCGCCUGUAAAGAACGCUUCAGUUCGGCAGACUGAAAUGCUGCGCUACCUGUUUUGCCCAACACCAGUGCUCCACCACGACUGGCGAUACAGCGAUGUCGGGACCAUUGAGAACGCUCGCGGUGGCGCUUGCGACCUCUGGGAAGAGCAAGGGGGGUUGAUCUGGGACGAAGCCCCGACCAAUGCACACUUGGCCCUCUGGGCGGGUGGCGAGGUCGAACUCGAGUCGGUGGCUCUCGAACUUAUCGACUCAUUUUUCUCAAUUGUUGAGCCACGAGUGCCCAUCUUCGACGCUAGCAGCUUCAUGUCACGCUUCCAAAACCCAGAUGGCGACUUGGACGGCCCUCUCCCACAAUCGCUCCUCGCGGUGGUCCUUGCGUUUGGCGCCAAGUUUGUCGACCACGCGGCCUUCACUCUCGAUCGUGAAGAGUGCACUGGACGUGACAACGACAUUCCUGGCCGUACGCGCUCCCGCCUCGUCCAGCUCCUUACCAUCCGCGCUCGCGAGGUGGCCGAGACCAACAAGGUAUUCCGCACCCCGACACUAUCCAAUGUCCAAACACUCAUUCUCCUGGAAGGACUCCUGGCGUACUCCCCAAUGCUCAAGACCAGUUACAAUGCGUGCAACAUUGCCAUUGCCUCCCGUCUCCUUGAGCAGCUUGGAAUUGGCCCCUUGUUCCAGAUGUUUCAGUCGCGAGACGAGAGGAUGCGCACCGAGCUGACCAUGUUUGUCGUCGCCGGCAUCGAGACGGCUCUUUUCCGCCUGCGUCCAGACUCGUGGAGUGGCGAGUCCCUCGGCUCAUUGUCGUCCAACUGGGAGAAGCCAGUCGACGCGUUCCCGUGUCUCGCGCCCGACGGAGUGGCCGAAGACGUAUUCCUCCAGGCAGCGCGGACGGCAUCGAGCAUUGCCAAGAAGUUCUGCAAUGAAGUCUGGGUGCCCCGUGUGCGCGCGACUGGUGUCCCCCUGGGUACCCUGCGUGAAUUUGUCAACGACCACGGCACAUGGCGCGACUUGUACCUCACCACCCUCCAGAUGCCCCCCGAGUGGCUGGCUGGUGUUCCCAAGGCGUUUGACACCACCAUGCGUGCAAUGACGACCGAUAUCAUGUACCACGCUCUUUGGCUCGUCGCCGAGCGUGCAGUGCGCGACUAUGGCAUCAUGGAAGCCGAUGAGCCUGCCCGGCACAUGUGGACGUUUGAAGUACAGGCCAUGAGGCAGCGUCUCGAGUCCGAGGCCAUCCACUCGGCGCUGCGGAUUGUGUUGCUUGUGACAUACGCGACUGAGCACGGACUCCUGCGACUGGACCCGCUCAUCCUCUACCGCCCCAUUUACGACGCGGGCAUGUUCCUCGCACGCAGCGGCCGCGACGAGGCCCUCGGUGCGGUGAUGGGCUUGCGACAGUACGCCCAGCCAUACCCUCAAGUGUGGGAGCUGGCCAACGACAUUGAGAUGGUACUCGCCAAGGCCAACCCCGUUACCUUCAACCCUCAAUCCGCCGCCUUGCAAAGCCUCGCUGCCAGCUCCAUGGUUGCAGCCCAAGCACAAUAG